UGUGUACGUAAAGGUCCAUCCGAGAGCAGAGUAUUGAUCUGGAAAGCUUUUGGGAACGUCAUGAUUUUUCCUAGCAGAUAACGACGGCAAUGCAGAAAAGCAAUCUAUCAAAGUGUUCUGCAGCCUCGGGUCACCGUUAGAACAGCAUCCAGCGGCCGAACCGAGAUCCGGGUCGCGAUCAAAGUUUCGAUCCAGAAAUCGGGAAAUCGGGCGUUUAAAACUUUGCGAAACCCUCCACCUCAGAAAUCAGUUCCUCCGCGCGAGUGUGCCAAGUGUGAUUGUUGUUGGGGGUGCAAAAGAAAAAUCUAUCCUACGAAAGGUGGAAAGCUGAAGAAAAGUCGCCUCAGUCAGCAGACGGGCCUGGUUGUAGUGGUGGUUCUCCAUUGCAAAAAUAAAUGUGAGCUCCAGAUGAAAUGAUGAUGGAUGCUGCUGCCAGCGUUGGAUGUGGCCAAAUGGCAGCCGUGGGUGUUUUCCGAAAGUGCUUUUGCUAAAAUGCCAACGAGUGUAAAAGAUGUGCGAUGAAAAUUGAUACCCCCACGAUUUGUGAUAGCAAUACAAAGGAAAAAUAAAAGUUAAGGUACAAGGUCUAGCUCGGUUCUAAAGUUUUAGCCUCAACUUAUGCCAGAUAGGUGUAAUAUUUAACAAGUGAGGGGAAAGUGUUUAUGUAAGGAAAGCAACAAAAGAAAAAAUCAAUAGAAGAUUCGUACCUAUGAGGUGAAACGGUAAUAAGGAUUGCCUUGUUUGCCUGCUAAGAAUGCAACAAAGGACAGCUGUGGCAGGUCCGCAGACCUCGUCGUCCUCAGGAAAGCAAGUUGUUGAGUUGAACGGAUAUGUAAUAAUUUUAGUGGAAAGUCGUGAUGGUAAAAUUAAGCUGUACGGCAGUCCUGCCGAUAAGGACAACCUCGAGGUCGCGGACGAAAUAUUGGACGUUAACGAACGAAAGCUGGAAGAUUCGCCUAGAGCAGAGGUGAUCAAACACAUACAUGAGUGCAUACAAUCCUGUAUGAUAAAACUUCGUGUUAAAAGACGAAGUGAUUCGCGAUUGGCUGGCGAGUUGGGAAACGCCGUUCAAGAUGCAUUCGUCAUCGCAGUUGAACAGCAAGCUAGAGAAAGGCUGCAGCGGUUGUCAGCCCUCAAACGGAUCACACCAGUGGACAUGUCCCAACUUUCUAUAAAGCUGAAUCAGCAAAGUCAAGCAAAAGGAGGUACUACACAAGAUCUAAGUUUCCUGAAGGAAGCCUCGCCAAUAUACGUAACGUCACUUUCGAGCAACACCGUUUCCGUAACCAACACCAGCACAACGGUAACGGCAGGAACGAAGUCGAACUGCUCAGCUGGGUCCAAUUUACAAAACACUGCAACCAAUAACAAUAACACGGUGAAACAAAUAGGUAAUGUAACAGCAACCACCGCGUUGACCGCUCUCACCGCAACUAAUCCGGUGGCUGGGUCAACAGCAGCAGCUGUGGCGAAAACUGCUCAAAAUGUGAUCAACUCCAACGUCGGCCCAAAGCCAACCACUAAUCAAAUCCAAUCAGCUGCACCUCUGUCCUCCAACGUCAGUAUCUACACGAAUGUUGGUUCCUCGUCGGCGUCCGCCCGUUUGCCGAAUGCCUCCUCCGCCGUCGUGACACCUAACGUAGCAUCGACGUCCACGUUCCGUGGCACACCGGCAGGGGCCGCAGGGACCAUACUCAAACCUAACGAACAGCAACAAUUCAAUCUGAAUAACAACACUAACGCCAUCAACAACAAUAUUGUUAACCUGAACCAUAGUCUCCUAAACAACAACAGCAUUAAUAGCAAUAUAAGUAAAACUGGUGCUGGUAGCAGUUCUUGUGGUAGUUAUUACAGUAAUCUAACGAAUCCGAUCAUUACGAACGGUCACGGUCCCAAGCGAGAGCUGGCCACACUCUCCGAGGGUGAACUCGAGCCACAGGAGGAGCCGUAUGAGACGAGCAGUAACAUAUCAAGGGGAGGCACCGAAGUACUACUAGGCGACCAAAGCUUACGACAAGGAAAUCAGGUGCGCCGUCGUUCCCGCUCGAGCAUUGUUGCGUUGGGCGACGAUGAUAGCCUGAAGCCUGGCCUGCCCGUUGAUGACUAUCAGGAGGAGUUUAAAAUGUACAAUAUGAUUUCAACGAAUCAGGACAACGGACCACAUCAGGAGAGGGCAGUCGAUGUACCUGAAUCAUUUAUUGCGCGCAACAAAACACCACCACGAUAUCCACCACCACGCAGCACAACACAGGUAAAUCAUGUUUCCAAUGCAAUGCCUCAAGUACCGAAACAUGUAAACGGAGGAGUCUCCUUGGAGCUGGAACCUCUUGAUGGCUUUAGCGAUAAGAACUCGUCCUCGCUCGACAGUAGCAAUGAGUUCUUCAAGAAAAAUUCCAGCAAGGGGCCGUCCUCGCUCGGGUCCGCCUGCGAGUCGAUCGGGUUCGAUUCGAUCAAUUAUUUGAAAAACUCAAGAGGUUCGUUCAGUACAAGGAGCUCCUCGUCGGGUGAUCUCGGUCCGCCCGAGUACGACAUCGGUCCGCAUCGUGAGCUUCCAGUAGACGUUCCGGAUAGUUUUGUUGAAGUAAUUAAGGCACCACCCCGCUACCCACCGCCAAAAGCAUUGAUCAUAAAAGAGGUUGUCAAAAAGCAAGAAUCAUCCUCAUCCGACGAAUCUAUCGAUAAGCCAAAACCACAACCGCAGGCACCGACGCGAAAUGAGCAGCUCAAUGGGUCUGUAAAACCGAUUCCACCCCCACGCGAUCAUCUGCGAAUCGAGAAGGAUGGCCGGCUGACGAAUCGAGCGCCCGUUCCGGCUCCCCAGGUUCCGGACCGGAAGCUCGUGCCCGUGACACCACCCCAGCUUCCACACGUGGCCCAGGUGGUGGAACCCACGCCCGACCAGCUGGACAGCAUCAAAAAGUUCCAGGAACAACUCCGCCGUCGACGAGAGGAGGAGGAGCGAAUAGCCGCCCAGAAUGACUUUCUGCGGAACAGCCUGCGUGGCUCCCAGCGGCUGCGAGCACUGCAAGAUAAUCCGGUCGCGGCGGACAAGCCCGCCAUCGGCGUGGACAGGGCGUACGCUGAUGACGAGGAGCCGGAAAAGAUCAUCGGAUACGCUGAGCUGGUGUCGGCACUGCAGCGAUUGCAGGGUCACCUCAACAAGCACGGAUUGGCCGCCCUCGCUGGCAGAGUUACGGCCGCCCAGAGUCUGCUGCUUGGGCCGGGUAUAGCGCGUGCCCUCGCCGCACGUACGGCCGUCCUCGAAAGGCGGCGACCCAAAGUACAGAACCCCAUUUGCUCAAAUGCUCAGGCACUGGUCAAGGACUGUGUCGAAUCCCUGGCGCAAUCCAGUUCGCCGGCCGCAAUUGAAUUGUGUGAUCUACUGUCGACGUACGAGAUGGAGGGGUUGCUGCUGGCGCAUGAUCGUAUCGCGUCCACCACCGACCGGACACCGGCGUUCGGCGUUAGUGCGGCCAGCGGUGCAAGUCCCGUGGUGCCAUUGCCAUUGAACAAUAACAAUACAAUGGCCGGGGUGGUGGCCACUCCGGUCAAACCGACGUCAGUUAUGCCAUCAAUUCCAAAUAACACUAGCUUAGUGAACAACAAUAACAAUAAUAUAGCCAAGCGCGAACCUAUGAGCGUUCCACUGGGUGUGUUACGGGACGGCAGUCAGGACCACAUUAGGAUAAUACAGAUCGAGAAAUCUUCGGAACCACUGGGAGCGACCGUUCGCAACGAGGGUGAGGCCGUGGUCGUUGGCCGGGUGGUGCGUGGUGGAGCAGCUGAAAAGUCCGGAUUGCUGCACGAGGGUGAUGAGCUGCUCGAGGUCAACGGGAUCGAAAUGCGUGGUAAAUCCGUUAACGACGUUUGUGCCCUGCUUGGAGCCAUGAGUGGAACGUUGACGUUCCUCGUGGUGACCGCCGGGAUUCCACCGAUGGUUCCGGGAAUGCGCGAUCCUCCGGUGCUGCAUGUGCGAGCCCAUUUCGACUACGAUCCUGAGGACGAUCUGUAUAUUCCGUGUCGUGAGCUGGGCAUCAGCUCAAAAGGAGACGUUCUGCAUGUGAUAUCUCGCGAUGAUCCAAACUGGUGGCAAGCAUACCGCGAGGGCGAACAGGACCAAACUCUCGCCGGUCUUAUACCGAGUCAGUCGUUCCAACACCAACGAGAGUCGAUGAAGCUUGCGAUUGCCGGUGAGGUUGGACUCCGAACGAGGAAAGACGCCAACGGAAAAGCGGGCGGUUCGACGCUUCUGUGUGCUCGCAAGGGCCAAAAGAAGAAGAAGCCUAGCAGCGAACACGGUUACCCGUUGUACGCAACGGCAACCGCCGAAGAUCCGGAUCCGGAGGAGAUUCUCACCUACGAGGAAGUCGCCCUGUACUAUCCACGUGCAUCCCACAAACGACCAAUUGUGCUGAUUGGUCCACCCAACAUAGGGCGGCACGAGCUGCGGCAACGACUGAUGGCCGACUCCGAACGAUUUGCAGCUGCCAUACCUCAUACUUCAAGGCCCCAGCGCGAAGGUGAAAUACCCGGACAAGACUAUCACUUUAUCUCAAGGCAACAGUUUGAAUCAGAUAUACUCGCGAGAAAGUUUGUCGAGCACGGCGAAUACGAAAAGGCGUAUUACGGUACUUCUCUGGAAGCCAUCCGUGCCGUUGUGGCCAGUGGAAAGAUUUGCGUACUGAACCUGCACCCGCAGAGCCUAAAGCUGCUGCGAUCAUCCGAUCUGAAGCCCUACACCGUGCUGGUUGCGCCACCCAGUUUGGAGAAGCUUCGCCAGAAGCGAAUACGAACGGGUGAACCGUACAAGGAGGAGGAACUGAAGGAAAUCAUCGCCACGGCACGUGACAUGGAGGCGCGGUGGGGCCACUUGUUCGACAUGAUCAUCAUCAACAAUGAUACCGAGCGGGCCUACCAUCAACUGCUGGCCGAAAUCAACUCCCUCGAGCGGGAACCACAAUGGGUGCCAAGUAGCUGGCUACACAACUAACAACUUUACUCAAGUCAGCGAUACGUUUUCUACACAUAAUUCUUUUUCGUUGUUUGUAAAGAAAGAAAAAACCUUUUAUCCUUUAAGUCUGAUAUACUGAUUAGUGAGCAUGGAAGGUAAAUUAACGUAAUUUAUGUAAGUAGACAUCCCCAACAUAUUCCCCAUACAAUUGAGAAGGAAACUGCUUCCUUGCAUUGCUUGGUUCAGUUGGGGUGAUUAAAAUGCUGCAAAUCAAAACAUGUUAAGGAAGACGCAAAUAAAGAAACCCCAAUUAAUAGAUAUGAUAAGAAACGUUGUUAUUUUCGUUUUUGAAACAGAGUAUAGAAAGUUUAUUUUAUAUUUAGAAUUAUUGUCUGUAUAAAGUACGUAGAACCAUUGUUUUAUAUGUAAAUUUUAUUUAUCUGUCCAUAUAUUUGUACAAUUAUUGAGAGAAAAACUGAACACAAUAAAAGCAAUUUCUAAAUGUCAAAUAAAUUUAGCAAAACAAAAUAGUCAAACACAGAAAAACCCCUUACAUGAAAUUCAAUAAUCUAAAACAAAAAUCAUUACACAAUAUUCACUCUUAACAAAAGUCGAAAAAAAAGCGCGAAGUAUUCUAUAAUCAAGUUCGCAAAAAUAUAUGAGAGCAUACAAAAAUAUUCGUGUUCACAACUUACUCUAGAAGAACAAAAGAACAACAUAAUAGCCGUAACUAGCAGUAACAAAUUGAGAAAACAACAGAAGGAACAUAGUGAAACUAAAAAAAAACACACACAAAAUCCAGCUUAAUUCAUCCACAAAAAGGGUUUAAAUCGAUAUUUUUGAUACGUAUUCAAGUAACGUCGAAGAUCGUUUGCAGUUAGCUGCCGAUUAGUUUGCGACAUUAAAGAAAAACAUUCUCUCCGGUCCGAUAAAACCGCCUUCGAACGUGAAAAAAAAAACAACAUAAAAAACAAAAACAUAUUAUUACGCUCAAUAUUAUGCAUGUAUAGUCGUAAUAACGAAUAAUAAACCACCAGAAAGUCAGAAAAAUGAUGAUAACCUGAAAAAUGUGAGUGUUAAA